AUGAGUACUGAGCUUCCGGAUGGUCCAUGGAGAUCGGUAGGAGUAGAUUUUCUGGGACCAUUACCAACAGGGGAUUACAUUCUCGUCGUUGUUGAUUAUUACAGUAGGUUCUAUGAAAUAGACAUUAUGAGAAGUACAACAGCUGAUAGAACUGUACGUUCACUAGAAAUUAUGUUUGCACGACAUGGCUUACCGCAAGUCAUUGUCAGUGAUAAUGGCCCACAAUUCAUAUCAGGAGAGUUUAGAGACUUUGUAGAGGUAAAUGGAAUUAAGCAUCAGAAGGUGACACCGAAAUGGGCACAAGCAAAUGGGGAGGUUGAACGUCACAAUAAAUCAAUCUUGAAGCGACUUAAGAUAGCGCAUACUAUGAAGAAAGAUUGGAAACGAGAGCUUACACGAUAUUUAGCUGUGUAUAGAACGACUCCUCAUCCUUCAACAGGCAAGACACCUGCUGAAUUGCUAAUGGGUAGGGCCUUAAGGACCAAAUUACCAGAAUUAGAGAGAGUGAUUGUAGACGAGGAGGUUAAAGAUAGAGAUCAGUUGAUGAAGUGGAAAUCAAGGCAGUAUGCGGACGCGGACAUGAAACGUAACGCACGUCACAGCGAUGUUAGACCAGGAGAUAGUGUUCUUCUUCGCCAGGAAGCGAGAGACAAUUUCUCGACAAAGUUUGAACCUAGAGGGUAUGACGUAGUUUCUAGAUAUGGUAAUCAAGUAACUAUAAGUGAUCGGAAUGAUGCAAACAGGCGUCGUCGGAAACGAAAUAUUACACAUGUGAAGAAGUUUUAUGGUAGUAGACCACAAACAGAUGAUGUCACAGUUGAGGAUACGGCACUCGAUGACUUAAUGGAAACUGUACAUGAGGAGGGUCCAACAAUCAAUGAGACCAAAAAUUCAGAACGGCAAAGGAGGUAUCCUCUGCGUAUUAGGAAGAAACCGGAUAGACUCGAUUUGUAA